AUGAGGAUCGGGAAAGCAGAAACAACAGCGUUACCACAUGUUGGCACACGACGUCCAAGUUGGGCGACCCAAAGUGAUCGAAAAUCCAAAAGAUAUGUCACGUCUGUAGCCAGCACCUCAAUGCACAUCUUGUGGCCAGCAUUUCCAUGGCCACAUCUCCGGUGGCCAGCAUUUCAUGGAACAUCUCCGGUGGCCAGCAUUUCCUGGGCAACAUCUCGAUGGCCACAUCUGUUGCCACCCAACGUUCACGUGGCCCCGGACCUAGAGGAUCGGGGAAAGGCUGAAAGGAAACAGGAUACCUGUGGCCACAUCUCCGGUGGCCAAUAUACUGUGGCCUUGCAUCUCCAUGGGCCACAUCUCUGGUGGCCACAUCCGUGGCCAGCACCUCCACUGCCACCACAGAUGUGGCCAACAGCUCCUUGGCCACCAAUGAAGAUUCAUAAUAGUGUUGAACGUGACAGUGAUAGUUGUGUGUUGCGAGUGAUAUUCCAGUGUCAACACCCUGACCUGCUGGGGUUGUCAAGUGCCAAAAAGAGAGGAGUUAGUGCCAACCACCACCCUCCAAGAGCUAGUACCACCACAACUCCUUUUAGAGUUAGUACCACCACACUCCUCUCAAGAGUUAGUACCACCACACUCCUCUCAAGAGUUAGUGCCACCACACUCCUCUCAAGAGUUAGUACCACCACACUCCCUCAAGAGUUAGUACCACCACACUCCUCUCAAGAGUUAGUGCCACCCACACUCCUCUCAAGAGUUAGUACCACCACACUCCUCUCAAGAGUUAGUACCACCACACUCCUCUCAAGAGUUAGUACCACCACACUCCUCUCAAGAGUUAGUACCACCACACUCCUCUCAAGAGUUAGUGCCACCACACUCCUCUCAAGAGUUAGUACCACCACACUCCUCUCAAGAGUUAGUACCACCACACCCUCUCAAGAGUUAGUACCCCCACACUCCUCUCAAGAGUUAGUGCCACCACACUCCUCUCAAGAGUUAGUACCACCACACUCCUCCUCUCAAGAGUUAGUACCACCACACUCCUCUCAAGAGUUAGUGCCACCACACUCCUCUCAAGAGUUAGUACCACCACACUCCUCUCAAGAGUUAGUACCACCACACUCCUCUCAAGAGUUAGUACCACCACACUCCUCUCAAGACGAAUCCAUGGCCACUGUGGCCACCGUGGUCACCUUGACAGCUACUACUAUCACGACUUCUACCUCCAUGGCCACCAUGACGACUACUACCUCCACAGCCACUACCUCCACGGCCACUGUAUAUGUGGCCACCCCACGUUCACGUGGCCGACCUAGAGGAUCGGGAAAGCAGAAACAAACAGCGAUACCUGUGGCCACACGACGUCCAGUUGGCCGACCCAAAGGUUCGAAAACCAAAAGAUAUGUCACGUCUGUAGCCAGCACCUCAAUGGCCACAUCUCCUGUGGCCAGCAUCUCCGUGGCCACAUCUCCGGUGGCCACAUCUCCUGUGGCCUGCAUCUCCAUGGCCACAUCUCUGGUGGCCACAUCCGUGGCCAGCACCUCCACUGCCACCACAGAUGUGGCCAACAGCUCCAUGGCCACCACUGAUAUUCAUAAUAGUGUAGAACGUCACAGUGAUAGUUGUGUUGCGAGUGAUAUUCCAGUGUCAACACCUGCACCUGCUGGGGUGUCAAGUGCCAAAAAGAGAGUGUCAUUAUUUGACACUAUACAUCCUCAUAGCACUGGAAAGAGAUUGAUGAUUGUUGAUCGUAGAAAAUUAUAUACUGAUAUCUUUUCGCAUGUAGUUUGCCCUAAGUGUCGUGUUGCAAGCUUGAAGCCUGUAUAUUAUGAGCAACAUCUAGAGAGCACUGUUGUUCUAGAGUGUAUUAUGUGUCCCUAUAAGUUGGGGGAAAAACCCAGGUCGUAUAAAACACUGAAUGCUGUAACUGGUAGGAUGGUGUAUGGGGAAUUGUUAGCAGGUCGUGGAUACCGUGCAUUUGUCCGUAGAAAUGCAGUGUGUAGUUUGCCACAUAUCAGUCUGGAGACAUACAAUAAAUAUGCGUCUAUGAUAACAGAAAAAUCUGUCGAGUCAUGUAAGAAAAUACUUGCUGAAUCUAAAGACAUUAUUGUUCAAGAAUAUCGCAAACUGAAUAUUGUGCCAGAUGAUGCAGGAAUUCUUGAUAUUGAUGUAACGUAUGACGGAACAUGGCACACAAGGGGACAUCACUCAAAUAUAGGCAUUGGUGUUGCUAUAGAUGCCUUGACAAAAUUAGUGGUUGAUUAUCAAAUUUUCAGCAAGUACUGUAAUAUGUGUUCCUUUUUGGAAAAUCGUUUGAACAGUAAGAAAAUAACUAAUGAAAAAUAUGAAGAAUUUCGCAAAAAACACGAACUUGAAUGCAACAUAAACUAUUCAGGAACCUCUGCAAAGAUGGAAAGUGAAGCAGCAGUAAUGAUGUGGAAGCGAUCACUUGAAAAUAAAUUAAGAUACAAAACAAUUGUGAGUGAUGGUGAUAGCAACACAUAUAAAGCCAUUGCUGACCUCAACGAUGGUGAAGGUCCAUAUCCAGGUGUAAAUGUUGAAAAAGAGGAAUGUAUCAAUCACUAUGCUAAACGUCUAAAGAACAGACUAAUAGAUUUAGUCAAGUCACAAUAUGUUGAGAAAGAAUUGAAAACUGGGAGGAAGAGGAAGGAGUUCGCCAUGAAGAAAAUGGGCAUGUUGACCGACUUUGUAAUCGAAAAGUUGACGCACUACUUUCAGAAGAACCUGCGAGAGAAGAUCAAUCAUGAUGUUAAAGAUAUGAGGAAUAGUAUCAUGGCAAGCUUCUUUCAUUGUUCCUCAACUGAUGAAAAACCACAGCAUCACCUUUGCCCAACAGGUGAUAAUUCCUGGUGUUUCUACCAGAAAGCAGUAGCAGCAAACCUUCCCCCACCAUCUCACACCACAAUGAAAGUACAGCUCCAGUUAGAACCUGCAUACAUGAAGAAGGUGCAUAAUAUUUACAAAGACCUAACAACAGAUGAAAUGAUGCGGCGUUGUGUAAAAGGCAGAACGCAAAACCCUAAUGAAAGUCUACAUCAACGCAUAUGGUCUUACUGCAAUAAAACCCUAUUUCGAACAAAGAGGCAAGCUGAUUUCGCAGCCAGCCAUGCUGUGGCAGAGUACAAUAGUGGGUAUGAGAGGAGCUGCCUAGACAUACCACUUGGCUACGGACGUUCAGCAGUGACUCAAAAUCACCUUGAAAAAAUGGACAAGAACAUGCAGGUAGUACGGGCCAGAAAAAGCAAGAAGAGGAAAAGGGGACAGGACACGUCCUACGAGCCUGGUGGACAUUAGAUGACAAUGUGUCCACCUACACCUGGUCAAAAUUUGAUUGGGAUGGAUUGUCAUGACUGGCCGACCUCAGAGAAUUUCACCAUGAAGGGAACUUCAUGGAACUUCAGGAUGAAGGGAUCUUCAUGGAACUUCAGGAUGAAGGGAUCUUCAUGGAACUUCAGGAUGAAGGGAACUUCAUGGAACUUCAGGAUGAAGGGAUCUUCAUGGAACUUCAGGAUGAAGGGAUCUUCAUGGAACUUCAGGAUGAAGGGAACUUCAUGG